AUUACUUCCGGUGUAGACAUAGCUUAAGGCUAGAAAAUUUGGGCGCAGCUGUUACAUUUUAUUACAUUACAUUUUAUUACAUUUAUUACAUUUUAUUACAUUACAUUUUAUUUGUUACAUUACAUUACUGGUUAUAUCCCAUUGCAACGACUGUCGGAAACAGAGCCGCAGUGUCAGCUAAAGCGUUAUUGUUUUUAACACAUCACACAAACUGCGGGAGGGUGAUUUAUGUCGACAUGGCAACGGCUAAAAGGAGAAACGCCGUGUCUGCCAGCGAGCGGCAACUUCCGAACAAGGAAAAGGACAAAGAAAAACGGAGACCCAGCUCCUUAACCGGAGUCAAAUCACUUAAAACGCAAGAGGAUACCGAUGUGGUUAGCAGAGAGGCUAAACGGAGACGCGACGACAGCGGAUGUCCGUCUUCCAGCAGCUGUCAAAGUCUGAGCAACCAGAGUCACGUAGCAGCUGUGAUUUUAGCCCGAGGAGGAAGCAAAGGGAUCCCGCUUAAAAACAUUAAGAUGUUAGCUGGGGUCCCCCUCAUCGGAUGGGUGCUGAGGGCUGCUGUGGACUCCGGAGUGUUUGACAGUGUGUGGGUAUCAACAGACCAUAAGGAUAUUAAGGAAGUUGCAAAGGCAUGGGGCGCUCAGGUGCACCAGAGGAGUGCUGAAGUCUCCAGAGACUCCUCUUCAUCAAUAGAAGCCAUCCAAGAGUUUCUCGAUGCCCAUAAAGAGGUGGGUAUAGUUUGUAACAUCCAGGCCACAUCACCAUGUCUCCACCCGCAUCACGUGAAGAAUGCCGUAGAGAAGAUCACGGUGCAGGGUUACGAUUCAGUCUUCGCAGUGGUCAGGAGGCACCAGUUUCGUUGGAAGGAGGUCAACGAAGGAUCUUGUGAGCAAACAGUGGCCUUGAAUCUGGACCCAGCCAAACGCCCGCGGCGUCAGGAUUGGGCAGGAGAGCUGUACGAGAAUGGCUCAUUUUACUUUGCCAAAAGAGAUCUCAUUGUGAAUGAAGGACUUUUGCAGGGUGGUAAGAUAUCCUACUUUGAGAUGGAGGCGAAGUACAGCGUGGACAUAGAUGUGGACAUUGACUGGCCUGUGGCAGAACAGAGGGUUCUCAGUUACGGAUACUUCGGUAAGGAAACGCCAGAGGUAGUCCGCCUGAUGUUCUGCAAUGUUUCCGGCUGUUUAACAGACGGAAAGAUCUUUAUAUCCGCGUCCGGAGAAGAGAUGGUUUCUGUCAAUACGAGAGACGCUACUGGGCUUAGCAUGCUGCAGAAAGAACAAGUGGAGGUCAUACUACUGACUUCUGAGGAGGACCCCAUUGACUCGACUUUGCUUAAAAAAAUUGCAGACAGGAUGAAGUGCAAGGUCGAGAAGGUGGGAAAGGAGCCGCUGAAUGAUUUGCAGAAAAUUGUGAAGGACAAGAAGCUGGAUUGGAAGGAUGUGGCGUUCAUGGGUUUUGAUCACGCAGAUGUUAAAUGCCUGAACCUGGCAGGUCUGAGCGCAGUACCUGGAGAUGCUCCAGAUGUAGCCUUGAAGGCGGCAAAGCACAUCUGCCAAUGUUCCGGAGGAUCGGGAGCUGUGAGGGAGUUCGUCGAGCGUAUUCUCAGGCAGAAACGAAUGGCAAAAUCUCAGAGGGAGCCGGAUGGCCAUUGACCAUAAGAACUUGAAAUGUGAAAUGAAAUCUACAUGGAAAAGACUGCAGGAGGAAGCCGGAGUACUCGGAGAGAAGUAACGCAGUCACGGGUAGAACAUCCCAGCUCCACACAUAAAGCCGUCAGACUGGAUUUGAGCCACUGGCAGCUUUCAGUAUCACUUUCAUCCCU